CACAUCUAUCGUCUCGUUCUCAAAUCUACCGUGCGGUAAAACGAAAGCACGGUACGUCCUAACGUAUCUUGGAUCCCCGCAUUAUCGACAUUCCUCGCUCAUGGAAGUCUUGAAAGCUAAACAACAGCCAGAAUCAGAACGAAUAUAACUACACACACAAACACUAUGUCUGCGUGGGGAAAGAAUGGUUCGGCAAGAAGCUGCGAUGAUCUCCUCAAACGGGUCGAGGAAAACGAUCCCCGACUUACCGAAAUUACUGUUUUGCCGCUGAAGAAAUUCGGAUCUCGGGAGAUUUUUCGGUUGGUCAAGUGCCUUGAUUCCGAGAAAAACACGCACCUUCGAUCAUUACAAGCUUCUGGACAUGGUAUCGAUGACCACACCGCUCUGGAAGCGCUAGGGAGGGCACUGGGCAUGCCGCUAGAAUCUAUUGCCGUCGGCGACUCGAACAUGGGCGAUGGUGGUGUGUGCGCUCUGUGCCGCGGAAUCGAAUGCAACAAAAAGAUUGAAGACGGUCAAAAUACUGGAGGCUUGAAGGCUAUAGAUUUGAGUUUCAAGAACGUGUGAGUGCGGUGUGAUAAUUUGGGGGCUGUUUCUGCCCCUUGAUGGAAUGACGAUGGAGGAGAACAAAAUGAAUAUUUUCCAGAACUUAUGAUGGUCUAUCUUUCUAAAUCUCACUUGUAUUUUCUGUGUCGGUUCCUUGUGAUGAUAGAGGAAAAGAAGGAUUGAGAGCAAUUAUUCGGGUCCUAGGGGCAUUGCAGUCGCUAGAUUCCAUCGAUUUGUCCCGGAACGAAAAUAUUGGUCCUUCGUUUGAUUUUUUGGAAUUUGUAUCGACAAAGCAGCCCAUCUUUCCAGGUUUGGUAGAUCUGGAUUUAUCUGGUUGCAGGUUGGAUACAAGCAGCUGUACAACACUCCUUCAGGCCAUGCAGCCUAUCGAGGACGAGGAUGGCCAAGAAAAGCAAACGUCGGAGAGAACGAGUCGAAAUCUUGUCUUGAAACUCAACUCCAAUAAUUUUAGUGAUCCACUUCAAGUCAAAGACAUGAUGAACGUUUUGUCUCAAGGUAGCUUGGUGUCUCAGCUGUAUAUCUCCGCAUGUCAAAUUGGGGACGACGGAAUGGAACAUAUGAUAAACGAGUGCUGCAAAUCUGGAGUCAACAACGAUGCAACAAAUUUUCAAUCGCUCCACACAUUGGACGUUUCAAACAACGAUUUAUCGUCCAUAGCUUCUUUAGCCAAUCGACUUCACCAGUCGGCCAAUGGCAACAGCCACUAUUUUUCCAAUCUCAAGUCAUUAAAUUUAUCGAACAACCCACUUGGUGCGAACCUUUUGAGCUCUAUAGGCAGUAAUGUGCAAUGGAUCUCGUCGUUGGAAGAACUGGACUUAUCAAACACCACGUGCGAAAUUCCUGGGGCGGUGGAAUUAAUUUGCCGCAGCAACAGCCAGAGUGCAUCCUUGAAAAAAUUGAAUUUGUUUGGAAAUAAACUGGGCAGCGAUGGAUUUUUGGAAUUAGCAAAGGUUCUCCGGGGAGGGCAUGCGUCGUUGGAGUAUUUAGAUCUUGGUGGAAACGGGGCGACGGAGAGUGGAGUGGUAGAACUAGUAAAGGCUGUCACAAGUCUCUCUCUAACCGAAAGCGAAGAGAAAGAAGAAUUACCAUCUGGAGAGAGCACAUUGCGCGUGUUGGUGGUCGGUGGAAAUUCUGGUGGGCAGGCUCUGGAAAAAGUGAUUAACGAGGCGGGAACAACACAUCCAGAUCUCGACAUUGCACGGGACAAGGCAAAGAAGAAACAAGGAGUGCCAAACGGUGGCAAUAUGAUGAACAAUACACCUGGUACCUCAUGGACAUCAUGACCACUAUAUUGUAGCUAGACAAAAUAAAAUAAAUUACAGGAA